GAAUGGCAUCCGGGUCAUCGAACGACACCUCCCUCGGCGGGGAGAUCUUCCAAGAGUGGCCACGUCACAACUCUGGCUGGCAACUUCCAGAGAUUCGUGAACUGUGGACCGCCCUCCUUGACCUGGGUCGCUUCGAGGAGAUCCACCUGGAUGGAUGCAUGUUUGGGCUUUCCACCAAAGUUGGCUUGAUCAAGAAGCCAUGGAAGAUUCGCUGCUCUCGUCCUGGUUGGCUGACGCCUUUAGCCAGGAAGUGUGAUGGAACCCAUGCUCACAUUCCAGCUCUUGGAGGCACCAUUGCCCGACAGACAGCUCUCUACACUCCAAAGCUUUGUCGUGCUGUUUGCUCCAACCUUCAACGUGGACUUCAUGAAGCAGCAGCUUUUGGAACUACUGAGGUCCGCUUCAACAAGGAGGAUCUGAAGACCUUGACGGAGCAAGAGCUGAAUCGACUGAUUGCCACUGCCCUCAAACUACAUCGACUGUGCGGCCAUCCCAACAACAGAGCACUGGUUCGCAACCUGGCCACACGAGGCCAGAUGGCUGUUCCUGCCGUGAAGGCAUCACUGGAGAAGGAAGAACAGCUCUGGCGCACCCUGCAGAUGGACACCUUCCACCUCAAGUAUGAGGGCUUCACCUACCACUUCCUCCUCAUGCUGGACGAAGCUUCUGGUUUCUCUGUGGUUCACCUGGUGAUGUACCACUUGUCGGACGAGCACGCCAACAUCACCUCUGCCCAGGUGAUCGAUACCCUUCAGCGGUGCUGGGGCCAAUACUUUGGCCUUCCUGAGAGGAUCCGCUGCGACCUGGAAGGGUCUUUCAGAGGAGAAAUGGUAGAAGACUUCUGCCAUUCCCGUGGCAUUGAGUUGAGCUUCGUCCCUGCAGAGCACCACGAGAGCACUGGCGAUGUUGAAAGGAUGAUCGGUGAGCUGAAGAAGAAGAUGAGUCACCACCUCCGCAAUGAAGUGGAGAACACAAGUCCUGAACAAGCGGCUUGGCAGAUGUGUGCUGCUCACAACCGUGUCGCCCGCGUUGGUGGCUACAGUCCUGCCCAAUGGGCCCUGGGACGCGACUUGGAGGAGCGUGACAACCUGGCCAUUCAAACCGCCCAAGGAGAUCCAGCUUCGGAGAUGUCACACAACCUUCAAGCUCGACUUCGCGCAGAAGCCACUUACCGCAAGCUCCAGUCCGAUGCUAAGAUCUCACGGGGCUUGAACUCCCGGCCUCAGAGAUCGACACAGUUCUUGCCUGGAGACCUGGUCUACUUCAGGCGAUGGAAGGUGCCAGCUCACGCCUAUUUGGACAGUCCGUCCAUGAAGGUGGCUCGAUUCUAUGGCCCUGCUCGUGUCCUGGCGGCUGAGACCAAACUCCAAUCGGAUGGCCUCACCCGAGCUUCCACGAACAUAAUCUGGAUUAUCGCAGGAAGCAAACUCAAGAAGGCACACAGCAGCCAAUUGAGGCACGCCUCUGAGAGGGAACGCCUCAUUGCAAAGGCGACCGAGGCUCCUACGCUUCCCUGGACGUUUUCAGCCCUGAGCAGGAACCUGAGCCAAGGUGAGUACGAGGACCUCACCAAAGAGCCGAAGAAGACUCGCACCUCCGCUACCACAAGAACUGCUACUCCAUCUGGUCAUCGCAGCCGGAGCCGAGGACCACGUGUUCGAGCUGAACCUUCUGAGGUACCUGGACCUUCUCAAGUACCACCUGACGCUCAACAAGCUCCAGCAGAUGAGUCAGAAGAAGAGCUCAUUCCAGCUGGUCAUGCUGCACCUCCUGACCUUUCAGCCGAACAAGGCCUCGAUCAGAUCUUGCAGAACCCACCUCCUGACAUUGAUGCACAGCGACUGCUGGAAGAUCCAAGCUAUAU